AUGAAACAGAGAUUACAUGUGUCGUCUUCUGAGGAGACGAUGGCAUUUGAUGCGACGUGCCCUCAUUGGUCGACAGAUAAGUGGAGAAAGAAUUCAAAAAUUGCUCAGCAGAACCGCAAAGUCGCAGAUGCUAAUGGGUCGACAGCUAGGCACACCGCGGGUAGUAUAGGAUUUGACGAGCAUCGUAACAACUUAGAAAAGAUGUUGGGUAAACCACCCACACAAUUUGAUGUUUUCAUGAAGACGCAUGGCACAGCUAAGGCAAAAAAAAGAUAUUUUGCGGGAGAUCAUGAAAAUCUUGAAUAUUGCUCACUAACUGCCAAAGAAGCACAAGAGAUGUAUCUACAGGAGAUGGCCAAAAAACACGGAGAAGACUCUUCAAACCAUAAAGAUGAUGCGAGUGUAUGGGAGGAAAUUCAACUUAGGAGAAAAGGAAAGAAGAAGGGUGAUAUCUAUGGCAUAGGAGCAUCAGAUAUACAUUUUGUGAUUACUGGGACACCGUCUUCCCAAUCCACCCAAUCCACCCAAUCGGAUAGUACACAACAAGAGGUUGAUAGGUUACGUGCACAAGUUUCUACCAUGGAACAACAGCAACAACAAAUGAAAGAACAAAUGGAAAUGGUUAUGAGGAUGAUGAAUAUGUCUGGAAAUCAACCCCGUGCUCCCCCUGAUAAUCCACCUGAGGACAAUUGA